AUGGGGCUGAACAUGAUAGAUGAGAUUGACAGUGGCAACUUCUUUGAUCAAAUUGAUGAUUUGAUUGAGUUCCCACCCGACAGCGAAUGCGGUAAUUUUAUUGGGUCAUCCGAGUCAAAGGUUCUACCGAGCAUGUGGAGCGACCCGUUUUUCGAACCUGAACCAUUUUUUCAGGGUGAUUUGCCGUCUGAUCUCUUGACUGAGAUCUCGGUUCCGUACGAGGAUACUGCGCAACUCGAGUGGCUCUCGACUUUUGUUGAGGACUCGUAUUCAUGUGGUGGACUCACCAUCGGGAAAGACGGGCCCCCGUGUGUAGAAAACGACGGGGGGCCAAAUCACAAACACUUCCAAACUUUGAGCCCAAUCUCGGUACUCGAGAGCACCACGAGCAGCACCUCUUCCUGCUCGGUUGAGAAAACCGAGCCGCCGCUCAGCUCAAAUCCUCACCGUGGGCCCCAGAAGGCCCGAAGCAAACGUCCCCGGCCCGUGACCUUCACCACCAGGCCCACAAUACAGCUUGUCGAAUUGGGCCUGGGCCCAACCCAGCCCAAACAGAAGCAGAAGAAAAUCAGGCCCGCGAACGGCGACGAAGGCCCGAUCCGGAAGUGCAUGCACUGUGAGAUCACAAAGACGCCACAGUGGCGAUCCGGCCCAAUGGGCCCGAAGACGCUGUGCAACGCGUGUGGGGUCCGCCACAAGUCGGGCCGGCUGUUUCCCGAGUACCGACCGGCGGCGAGCCCGACAUUUAUGCCCGCCCUGCACUCGAACUCACACAAGAAGGUACUCGAGAUGAGGGGCAAAGGUGGGCCCGAGCCCACGAAGAAGCCCAGUAUUGUUCAGAGCCCGUGA